AUGCCAUCAGAGAAACCAUUCCAUCAUCGAGCUUCUCAUCUUAAGCAAACCAAUAAGCCUUUCAAAUCAAAGCAUGCUACCAAAGGUGCAUUAAAAGAUAAAACAAAAGGCAAGGUUUCUAGGACGUCUGUAAAGAAUGCACCAAGGAAGGGUGCUGUAACUAAGGCAGACAGGAAGAAUUCUGCAAGACUGCAUCAACAGAAACAACGUGCAGAAUUAAUCAAGAGGCAUCGAUUCUUUGAAGGGAAAGAUGCUGCUCCCAAGACUGUGGCAAUUGUACCGCUUUGUUCGGGUGUUUCUGCAUACGAUUUGGUUGUAAACUUGUACAAAAGUGUCGACAAAUCUCCACCAGAAACAACUGAACGUGAAAUAAUGAACCUCAAGGCGGAUCGCUUCAAACAAACUCUGCAACUCGUUCUUCUAUCUCGCAAUUUUAUCGACAUAAUAGACGCAUGCAAAGUGGCGGAUUUCGUAAUAUUUAUUAUGUCGGCCGAAGUAGAAGUAGAUGAAUUUGGAGAAAAGUGUUUACAAACUUUACAAGCGCAGGGUGUGCCUAGUGUGGUUAGCACUGUGAUGCACUUGGAUAGUGUACCAGUCAAGAAACGCAAUGAUGUCAAGAAGUCUUUACUGAGUUUCAUACAGCAUUACUUCCCUUCUGAAACGAAGCUUUAUUGUGGAAGUGAGACUCAAACUCCAAAAGAGAUUUUAUGGCGUGAUACUCACCCAUACCUUUUAGCAGAAGAUGUAUCAUUUAUAGCCAAUGACGACAAUGAGAACAUUGGUACAUUGCGAGUAAGUGGGUAUGCACGAGGAGUGCCCUUUUCUGCUAACCGUCUUGUACAUUUGCAAAACUAUGGAGAUUUUCAACUGAAAGAGAUCAGCUCAUGUCCAACAAUUCGAGAGGAUACCGAAGAAAUGGCAAUGGACGCGAAAACGCUUGAAACGGCAGAUCCAGCCUUGCGGGAUUCUCUAGUUGCCGAAAAUGAGCCUGAUCUCAUGCAGAAUGAACAGACUUGGCCAACAAGAGAAGAACUUGAUAAAGCGGGUGAUCUAUCGAUGUCAGUCGAGUCUGAUAAUCUGCCGGACGCUAAACCUGGCACGACACCAAAGAGAAUUGUGAAACGAGUUCCAAAAGGAACGUCCGCCUAUCAGGCAGCAUGGAUUGUUGACUCAGAAGAAGAAUACAGUGAAGAAGAUGACGACGAAGAUGAGACUAUGGCAUGUGAUGAUGACCAAGAGGAAGAGAGCUCAAUUAAGCAAAUCGAGGAGGAAGAUGAAGAAGAAGAGGAAUACGAGGAAAUAGAACUGGAGGCUAGAAACAGAGCUUUAUCUGACCAAAUGGACGAAAAUGAAGAGAAACAACUUCAGGAAUACCUUAAGAAGCAAAACCGCGAGGAUUUACAAUUUCCAGAUGAAGUCGACACUCCGAUGGAUAUCUCGGCACGAGUACGAUUUCAACGAUACCGUGGAUUGGAAAGCUUUCGUACAUCACCGUGGGAUCCCUAUGAGAACUUACCUAUAGAUUAUGCAAGGAUAUUUCAAUUCGCGGAUUAUAAGCGAACUGUGAAGAGAGUCACUGCCGAAGCAUUGAUUGGAGCUGCUAAGCCGGGAAUGCGUAUUACUUUGCACAUAUCUAACGUACCGAAAGAAGUUAAAGAGUCUUUCAAUCCAUCCCGUCCAUUUAUAAUCUUCGGUCUGCUUCAACACGAACAUCGUAUCUCCGUCUUGAACUUUGUUCUCACACGCACACCGCAUUACACAGAGCCAAUCAAGUCUAAAGAUCCCCUUUUAAUACAGUGUGGCUUCCGAAGAUAUACAAUUUAUCCAUUGUUUUCUCAACAUACACACAGCAAGAAGGGAACCAACAAUGUACAUAAAUUUGAAAAAUUUUUAAAUGUAGGAAGAACGAGUAUCGCAACUGUAUAUGGGCCGAUUGUGUUUGGCGUAAUGCCAUGUUUGGUGUUCAAAGAUACUGGGGAUAUUAACGACUCCAUCCUGGUUGCCACUGGAUCGUUCAACAGUGUCGACCCAACACGUAUCAUUGCAAAGAGGAUAAUAUUGACAGGUUAUCCACUAAAAAUAAACAAACGAUCUGCAGUUAUACGGUUUAUGUUCUUCAAUCCAGAGGACGUCCAGUGGUUCAAACCAGUUCGACUCCAUUCAAAAUAUGGACGCACUGGACAUAUUAAGGAAUCAUUGGGUACUCAUGGACAUAUGAAGUGUGUAUUUGAUUCUCCAAUAAAGCAACAGGAUACAGUCAUGAUGUAUUUGUAUAAAAGAGUUUAUCCCAUAUGGGGAACAACGGAGAUUUGGAAUGGAGGAUUGGAGGAUAAGAUAAUCGAGGAUGAGAUAAGGGAGAGAAAGAUGGAAAUGUAG